CACCUGCAGCAGGCUGCCCCUCCGGCGGUGCGACCGGGAGGCGCCGGCCGAGCCCGAGGCCUGGGCGCCUGCUCCGCGGCGGAGGGAUUCGCGACGGCCGAGGAGGCGGUGCCGAGCUCAGAAGGAAGAGGCCCUACCGCGGCGGCGGCGGCGGCGGCGGCUGCUCGGGCGGCAGCGCAUAAAGAGGCCGCCGCCGGGUGAUGCGGUGACCGCUGCGGCAGGCGCAGGAGCCGAGUGGGCCUCGGCCCUCAGCAGGUCCCGCCGGGCCGCGCCUCCGAGCCCUCCAUCUUCUCCUGUCGACCCGCGAUUACCGAGGCGGCCUCGCUCUCCUUCGCCCCUUCCCCGUCCCUUCCCUGUCCCCGUCCCCGCGCCGGGGGCGGCCGCCACCCGCCUCCCACGAUGGCUCUGAAGAGGAUCCACAAGGAAUUGAAUGACCUGGCACGGGACCCCCCAGCACAGUGUUCAGCAGGUCCUGUUGGAGAUGAUAUGUUCCAUUGGCAAGCUACAAUAAUGGGGCCAAAUGACAGUCCCUAUCAGGGUGGAGUAUUUUUCUUGACAAUUCAUUUCCCAACAGAUUAUCCCUUCAAACCACCUAAGGUUGCAUUUACAACAAGAAUUUAUCAUCCAAAUAUUAACAGUAAUGGCAGCAUUUGUCUUGAUAUUCUGCGGUCACAGUGGUCUCCAGCACUAACUAUUUCAAAAGUACUCUUGUCCAUCUGUUCUCUGUUGUGUGAUCCUAAUCCAGAUGAUCCUUUAGUGCCUGAGAUUGCUCGGAUCUACAAAACAGAUAGAGAAAAGUACAACAGAAUAGCUCGGGAAUGGACUCAGAAGUAUGCGAUGUAAUUAAAGAAAUUAUUGGAUAACCUCUACAAAUAAAGAUAGGGGAACUCUCAAAGAGAAAGUCCUUUUGAUUUCCAUUUGACUGCUUUCUAUGAGCCCACGCCUCAUCUUCCCCUGUGCACAUGUUUACCUGAUACAGCAGUGCUGCGUGUUGUACAUACUUCGAACAACAAAUAGAAAUACUGUACUUCUGUACCAACAUUGCCUCCUAGCAGAGAAGUGUGUAUGUGACAAGCCAGUUCUUCAGACAUAACUAGGUGUGAGACUAAAAGCUUUCCUAUUGACUUAAAUUUGGAUAACUGCAAGUUGAGGGGUGGUGGGUAUGUUGUGUGCUUGGAUGGGAAAGAAAAGCCCACUGACCUGUAGGAGAUGUUUUUUUAAGUGGAAUCCUUUUAAACUCAAAACUGAUACGAAAAGCAAGGCGAAGAACAUGAAGCUGUUUCUGUAUUCGUUUUAUGCUGAAGGACCUACAUCUUAGGUGAAAGUUAUGACCAACUAGAUUAAAAUCUACCCACAUCCUGUAUUGUAAGGUCUAAGUUUAACUGGAUUGGAGCUAUUAGUAUAUGAAGUGUGAUGGGCUUUGUUCCCACCUCUUACAUUACCCCACCCUGUAAUCCUCGUCCUUUCGGCCCUCCUUUCUCUCUUCCAUAUUCUUUGGUUUGUAUGUGGUUUCUCAGUUAAUACAUAGCUAAUAGCUCUUAUUUUUCUUAUGUUUUUAACUGCUUAGGUCUUUCUGGAUGUAAGGGUGAAAAUUCAUUUGAUGGAAAUACUUGUGUAUAUUUAAAGACUCAGUUGCUCCUCUGGAGCUUGUACGUUCAAGAAUGAUUAAUCUGUGUAAUAAACUGAUUACUACAGUCAUUACAUAUAA